AUGCAUGCCGAGGAAAAAUACUGGAAAGAAGAGGGCAAAAACUACAAGAAAGUGCAACGUGCACUAGAGGAAAAAUGGAAACUAGUGCCGGCUUUCCUGCAGGUGAAAGGAUUGGUAAAGCAGCACAUUGACUCGUUUAAUUACUUCAUCAAUGUGGACAUCAAAAAGAUUGUGCAAGCGAACGAGGAAGUAAAAAGUGAUGCCGAUCCGUGCUUUUACCUGAAGUAUCUGAACGUACACGUCGGUAAGCCGGACGUGGAGGAAGGGUUUAAUAACACCAAAUCUACCACUCCGCACGAAUGUCGCCUGCGGGAUAUGACGUACUCGGCACCGAUUACGGUCGACAUCGAGUAUACCAGAGGCACGCAACGUGUCGUUCGGAAUGGGUUGCUCAUCGGUCGGAUGCCGAUAAUGCUCCGGUCGUCAAACUGUGUGCUGACCGGCAAAUCGGACUACGAACUGUCGAAAGUGAACGAAUGUCCAAUGGAUCCGGGCGGUUACUUUAUUAUCCGCGGCACGGAAAAGGUAAUUCUCAUCCAGGAGCAACUAAGCUGGAACAAAAUGAUCACGGAGGACUACAACGGUGUUAUCCAGUGCCAAGUAACGAGCUCCACGCAUGAGAAAAAGUCGCGCACAAUCCUGAUUACCAAGCAUGGACGAUACUAUCUAAAGCACAACUCCAUGACGGAAGAGAUUCCCGUUGCUAUCAUCCUGAAAGCGAUGGGUAUUGCGUCGGAUCAGGAAAUAAUGCAACUGGUCGGUAUCGAUUCGGAAACGCAGAAACGGUUCGCACCGUCCUUACUGGAAGCGGCCAAUCAUAAAGUUUUUACCCAGCAGCGUGCCCUGGAAUACAUGGGCUCGAAGUUGAUCGCGAAACGGUUCACUACAGCGGCAACGAAAUACAAAACCACGGCCGAUGAAGCGCGCGAUUUGCUGGCCACGACGAUUCUCGCGCACGUUCCCGUGCCGAGCUUCAACUUUCAGGUAAAGGCGAUCUAUGUGGCGCUAAUGAUCCGUCGUGUAAUGGCCGCCGAGCUAGAUCGAAACUCCGUGGAUGAUCGUGAUUAUUACGGCAACAAAAGACUCGAGCUGGCCGGAUCGCUACUGUCUUUGAUGUUCGAGGAUCUGUUCAAGCGCUUUAAUUGGGAGCUGAAGAUGAUAGCCGACAAGAACAUUCCGAAGAUUAAGGCCGCCCAGUUUGACGUGGGGAAGCACAUGCGAGAGGCCCUCAUUACGUCCGGAUUGGAGACGGCCAUUUCCACUGGUAAUUGGACGAUUAAACGAUUCAAGAUGGAAAGAGCAGGUGUAACGCAGGUCCUGUCGAGGUUAAGCUACAUCUCCGCACUCGGUAUGAUGACACGCGUUAAUUCGCAGUUUGAAAAGACUCGUAAGGUGUCCGGACCGCGUUCACUACAACCCAGCCAGUGGGGUAUGCUUUGCCCGUCCGACACACCGGAGGGAGAGGCUUGUGGGUUGGUGAAAAAUUUAGCCCUUAUGACGCACAUUACCACCGAGGUGGAUGAGGAACCGGUAAUCCGUCUAGCGUACAAUGCCGGUGUCGAGGAUAUCCGUCUGCUCGGUGGAGAAACGAUCAACAAUCCGAAGGUCUUCAUGGUGUUCAUUAACGGUAACAUUCUGGGCGUAACAAUCGCUUACCGCCGACUGGUGGAGGUGUUCCGGAUGAUGCGACGACGCGGUUUGAUCGGAUCGUUUGUUUCGAUCCAUACAUCGUUUACGCAGCGCUGUGUUUACAUACACACUGACGGAGGUAGGCUUUGCCGUCCGUACAUCAUCGUGCAAGGCGGGCGACCGCUCGUGCAACAAGAACACAUCGAGCAGAUGAAGCUGGGGUUGCGGAAAUUCGAUGACUUCCUGCACGACGGGCUGAUCGAGUAUCUGGAUGUGAACGAGGAAAAUGAUUCCUUCAUCGCUUACCAAGAGCGUGAUAUCGAUCCGGAAAAGACGACGCAUCUUGAGAUCGAACCAUUUACGUUGUUGGGUGUUUGUGCUGGCUUGGUACCGUACCCGCACCACAACCAGAGCCCACGUAACACGUAUCAGUGUGCUAUGGGAAAGCAGGCGAUGGGUAUUAUCGGAUACAACCAGAAAAAUCGAAUCGACACACUGAUGUACAACAUUGUGUACCCGCAGAGUCCGAUGGUACGGUCGCGCACGAUCGAGCUGACCAACUUCGACAAGCUACCGGCAGGACAGAAUGCAACGGUGGCCGUUAUGAGCUACUCCGGGUAUGAUAUCGAAGAUGCGCUAAUCCUCAACAAAGCAGCGAUCGAUCGUGGGUACGGCCGGUGUCUCGUGUACAAGAACAGCAAGUGCACCAUCAAGCGCUACAGCAACCAGACGUUCGAUCGUAUCAUGGGUCCGAUGAAGGAUGCACUGACGGGUAAAAUUAUCAGCAAGCACGAAUGUCUCGAUACGGAUGGGAUCGUGUCGCCGGGCGAACGGCUCACCUGCAAACAGACGAUGGUGAACAAGGAGAUGCCCGCUGUAAAAUCGAACAAUCCUAUCGAACAGAAAGAAUCGGGCCAACAACCGAUCGCGUACAGUGCGGUACCGAUCACAUACAAGGGCACCGAGCCGAGUUAUGCCGAGCGAGUGCUCGUGUCUACGAACAACGAGGAAGAGUUCCUGGUGAAGAUCCUGUUGCGUCAAACGCGACGUCCAGAAAUUGGUGACAAGUUCAGCUCCCGCCACGGACAGAAAGGUGUGACGGGGUUGAUUGUGGACCAGGAGGAUCUUCCGUUCAACGAUUACGGAAUGUCGCCGGAUAUGGUGAUGAACCCGCACGGGUUCCCCUCCCGUAUGACGGUGGGUAAAACGCUCGAGCUGCUGGGCAGUAAAGCGGGCGUGCUGGAGGGAAAAUUCCACUACGGAACCGCAUUCGGUGGAUCGAAAUGUCAGGAUCUGCAGGAUGAGCUGUUUAAGCAUGGGUUUAACUAUCUCGGUAAGGAUGUUUUCUAUUCGGGCAUUACGGGCGAACCGCUCGAGAUGUACAUCUACUCGGGACCGGUGUAUUAUCAGAAGUUGAAGCACAUGGUGCAGGACAAGAUGCAUGCACGUGCGCGUGGUCCACGAGCAGUUUUGACGCGCCAACCGACCCAAGGCCGUAGUCGUGAGGGUGGGCUGCGGUUGGGCGAGAUGGAACGCGACUGUUUGAUAUCGUACGGUGCCAGCAUGUUGAUCAUGGAACGGUUGAUGAUUUCAUCCGAUGCGUUCGAUGUGGAUGUGUGUAACGUUUGCGGUAGGUUGGCCUACUCUUCCUGGUGUCACAACUGUCGCUCUUCGGCGAGUGUGUCGAAAAUAUCGAUGCCGUAUGCGUGCAAGUUACUGUUCCAGGAGCUCACCAGUAUGAACAUUGUGCCGCGGUUGAAGUUACAGAAUUACUAA